ACAUCAUUUCCGGCGGGUGGUUGGCAGCGAGACGUCUAUUCCGCCGAGUGAUUGGCAACGGGAUGGCGGUGUCGCCGGGGCGGGAUGUGUUCGCAGAGGGUCUGCUGGAGCUGCUCAAACCGGCCGUGAAACAGCUGGACUCCCAUGUGCACGCCGUGAGAGAGAGCCAAGUGGACCUCCGGGAACACAUUGAUAGUCUAGCCUCCGAACUCUGCAAGAUUAACGAGGACCAGAAGGUGGCUCUAGACUUGGACCCGUACGUGAAGAAGCUGCUGAAUGCCAGACGCCGGGUGGUCUUGGUCAACAAUAUCCUGCAGAAUGCACAGGAACGUCUUAGGCGCCUCAACCAUAGCGUGGCCAAGGAGACGGCUCGGAGGAGAGCGAUGCUGGAUUCCCACCACCCUCCGGCAUCACCCAAUAAAUGAUCCUUGAGGUGGACUUCUUUUGGAGCUGAGCUCUUUCUUCUACCGUUGCAAGAUGAGAUUCCAGGCAGCCCGGGUGUGCGGAGUAGCUCCACGUCCACUCUUCAGGGGCCAAAGUCAACAUGUAGCCAGCCCAUGGGCCUGCGACGCCAAAAAUCUCUGCGCUGCACUAAGAGGGAAAUCCUCUGUUCCAAUGCAUGAAACGUCCUCCCGUAACACCUUGUUCCUUGUUGCCAUGGCGAUAGAGAGGCUGACGUCACCUUUGUCGGGCUGACAGCCCGGUGCUCUGAGAACCGGCUGUAAGUUUCUACUUCUCCCGUUUAUUGAUUAUAACGUCUGUGUCCGUCCUUGCUUCGCGGUAUUAAGUAGCCCUUGCUUUAGAAUGUGACGUUCUCACACUAGCGAUUGCCUUAGUUUUCCCCCAAAUCGCUGUGGCCUGAACAUGGAAGGGAAUUUUUGGGGGCUUCCACGACGGGGCGAAGUUAUACGUAAAGCCUUCUUUCCUGGAGCCGGCUCCCACGGCUGCCGCCGUCUGUACUCCUGCGACGCUGUUCAUCCUGCACCGGCUGACGCUUGGAUGUCCGCUUGUGUUUCUCGAUUGUAUUUCCAAUAAAUGUUAUUCAGUGAA